AUGUCAUCGGAAGAACCGCUGGUCGUCGAAGCAGUGUACCUCUACGAGAAAGAGAACGCGAAAGCCCAUCGCACGUUCAAUUACGAGCUGGUGCAUCUGGACCCACCGACACCAGUCCUCAGGAGGGGUCAGGCUUUCAAUGUAGCUGUCAGAUUCAACCGGGAGUACGUGGACGAGACGGACAUCGUCAGGUUGCUGUUCAGUUUCGGACCGAACCCGAAUAUCCUCCGUGGCACUAGAGGUGUCAACACUGUUACGAACAGGGACAGCUAUUUGACGGAUCUGGAGGCAUGGGGUGUACGUAUGAUCGGCGUCAGCGGCGAGGACUUGUCCGUGGAAGUGAGGAGCCCAAUCGACAGCCCCGUUGGCGUCUGGCAAUUGAACGUGGAGACCACCACUCUGGGCAGAAAGAAACCGCCGAAUACUUACAAUUACGAGAACGAUAUCUACCUGUUGUUUAAUCCGUGGUUGAAAGAGGACCUCGUGUUUAUGGAGGAUGAGCAGUUGCUGGAUGAAUACGUGCUGACCGACGUGGGGAAAAUUUGGGUUGGUCCAUGGGGAAGUUCCCGUGGCAGAGAAUGGGUUUUCGGUCAAUUCGAUGCUUCCGUACUUCCCGCCUGUCAGUUGUUGUUGGAGAGGUCUGGUAUUAAGGCUGUUUCUAGAGGUGAUCCUGUCAAGAUGUGUCGAGCUAUAUCAAGAAUCACAAAUUCGAACGACGACAAGGGUGUGAUCACGGGACGCUGGGACGGCCAAUACGAGGAUGGCACAGCGCCCGCUUCGUGGACCGGAAGUGUGCCGAUUCUCGAGCAAUUCUUAGAGACCGGGGAAUCGGUGAACUACGGACAAUGCUGGGUAUUCGCCGGAACGGUAACCACCAUCUGCCGUGCCCUCGGUAUACCGUCCAGGGUGGUGUCGAACCUGGUCUCGGCCCACGACGCGAACGCCUCGCUCUCGGUGGACCGUUACUACGACAAGGACAACGAGGAGCUCGAGUACGAUCCGAAUAAUAUCGAGGGCGAGGAUUCGAUCUGGAACUAUCACGUCUGGAACGAUGUCUGGAUGGCUAGGCCGGAUUUGCCCAAGGGAUACGGGGGUUGGCAGGCGAUCGAUUCGACCCCGCAGGAACCGUCCGAGGGUGUCUACCAGUGUGGACCAGCCUCCGUUGAGGCUAUUCGGCAAGGAGGCGUUGGAUAUAAUUACGAUGUAACCUUCAUGGUGGCUUCGGUGAACGCCGACCUUAUGAGAUGGAAAGAGGAUCCUGAGAGCGAGCUAGGUUACUCGAAAAUCGACUGUAAUAAAUACCACAUUGGUCGCAUGAUUCUAACGAAAGCACCUUGGAUCUUCGAUCCCAAUGGCGACAGAGACAGAGAAGAUAUAACGUCGCUGUACAAGGCGAAGGAAGGAACGGAAGCAGAACGUUUGACACUGUACAGAGCGGUACGCAGCACCGAAAUGGCGAAAAGGUUUUACUCUUUACCCUCUCCGGGCAAAGAGGACGUCGAAUUCGAUCUCGAAGAUCUUGAGCGCGUGAACAUCGGCCAGCCGUUCGCUGUGACGGUACACAUGAAGAAUAAAUCGGACCAGCCACGUACCAUUCAGGCAAUAUUGUCCGCUGGAAGUGUCUACUAUACUGGAGUCAAGGCGAACUUGGUGAAGAGAGCUUCUGGCGAUUUUGUCCUUCAACCGCACGCCACCGAACAGUUAAGACUCGUAGUCACAGUGGACGAUUAUUUGGAUAAGCUCGUAGAGUAUUGUAUUAUGAAGCUGUACUGCAUUGCCACCGUCAAGGAAACCAGGCAGACAUGGGCCGAUGAAGACGACUUCCAGGUCUUGAAGCCUACUAUCCUGAUCAAGAUUGACAACGAACCCAUGGUAGGAAAACCGUCCACGAUCACCCUCAGUUUCAAGAAUCCGUUGAGGAGGAUUCUGACAGAGUGUAAAUUCAAUUACGCCGGGCCGGGGCUCUCGAAGAACAAAACAUUGAUGUUCAGGGACGUCGGGCCGGAAGAGGACGUCUACGUGGAGCAUCAACUGGUCCCGCAGAAGUCUGGACCACAAAAGAUCAUCGCCACCUUCACGUCGAAACAGUUGUUGGACAUUACAGGAUCGGCCGCCAUUGACGUUCUCGACGAAGACGAGUGAAAUUCUUCAGUUUGCGUUUUAUUUCUCAUUUAAUAGAGGAAAGGUAACAUAAACGGACCGUUUAUUUUGAA